AUGGCGGCGAUCCGGAGGUACCGGGCUGAGCGGCACUCGACGCUGCUGCCAAAGGCCUGGAUUCUGUCUAGCGGUAACCCCAUGGACGAUCUCCGCACCACACGCCUCGCCCAGACUCUAGGAAUAGACUACGACACAAAGCAGGCCUCGCGCACCUGGCUGCUACCAACAGCGCACCGACACCUGACCAACCUACGCACCAUAUUCCACGCCGCACCAUCAGGUCCGCUGCACUAUGUGCAGGAAACCACGGGUAACGAUCUCCCAUCCAUUGCCAUUGCCGCCUCGGCAGAGACACUCCCUGCGCUUUUGGAAAUCAAACACCGGACUCAGAACCAAACUGUUGCCGUUUUCAUGGGCCUGCCCGAUACGAAGCUGUCCAAGAUCGACGUCUUGGUGCUGUCGCGCUUGGAUCAGAUGAAGCUACGUCACUUGGGUCCCGCCAGGGCGAAUCUCGAAAACUCUGUGAGCACAAUGUUGCCAAUAAGCGGUGCUACGGCUAUGGAACCGGUGGGGGAUAAGCAGGAGGGAGGGAGCUCGCUGGCUGUGUGCAUUGGUAGCGGCAUCGAGCCCUCUGGAUUUCAGCUGCUCAGCCAGGACAUCGAUAUGCUCGCUGAAGGUUUGAUGCAUGUCCCGCGACCCACUACCAUCCGCAUACUGCUCUCCAGCGCAAUGCACCGAGGUAUCAAAUCAAUGGUAGAGUCCCGGCUCAUUGGUAAAUUGCAGGCCCCGCAUGCUGACUCCAACGGCACAGAGUAUUCGCCGAUGGCCAUUGAGGUGCUGGAUUAUGCCCUGCCCGGACAGCCAUCGCCUGAUGGUGUUUUGGCGACUGCUUCACGUGUGGUAGCCACCGCCGAUGACAUUCCCUCAGUGGCGCUGGCUGUGGCGUUGCGCCGCCCGGUCUAUAUUGCGGGCGAGGAGCGCACAUCACAUGUCCUGCGCAACUACUACCGCGUCCUGGACACCAGCAACCUGGUACGCCGGUUUUAUCCGAAUGGCAGCAGAUACAGCUACAUGCUGCUUUCCGACAUUACGGGCGAGAUUGACGAGUUCAGUGCUAUCCGCGACCAUGAGCCUUGGGCCGCGUACGACGCACAGGCGGAGCUAGACACUGUGGCCGCGUUCGUCCGCCAAAGAUACAGCAUGCUCGGCUAG